AUGAAUUUUAUGGGUAAGAGCACCGGCGAUAGUGGUAGUAGCACCAGCAGUAGAAGACAACAGCAGGGCGGAGGAGGAGGAGGAGGAGGAGGAGGAGGAGGAGGUGGAGGAGGAGGGAAUUUGUUUGAAGAAGAAGACGAAGAAGAAAGACAAAACACGGCCCCAGCAGGAGGAGGAGGGAUGAUGAUGGUGGUAGAGAGGGAGCACAUGUUUGAUAAAGUGGUGACUCCAAGUGAUGUGGGUAAGCUGAAUCGUCUUGUGAUUCCAAAACAACAUGCCGAGAGGUAUUUCCCCUUGGAUUCCUCCACCAACGAUAAGGGUCUCCUUCUUAAUUUUGAAGAUAGGAAUGGAAAACCCUGGAGGUUUAGAUACUCCUACUGGAACAGCAGCCAAAGCUAUGUGAUGACCAAGGGUUGGAGCCGUUUUGUUAAAGACAAAAAGCUUGAUGCCGGAGAUAUAGUCUCUUUCCAAAGAGGUGUCGGUGGCUCCGCCAAAGAUCGCUUGUUCAUAGACUGGAGGCACCGCCCGGAUGCACAAGCUCCGCCCUAUCAAUUGUCAUCCAAUCUCUCCUUCCCACUACCACAUCAUCAAUUUUCUUUCCACAACAGGAACACUGCCGGUGUCAGUUGGAACCCACUUUUUUUCCAAUCCCAGCCAGCACCCCCACGGAGCCACUCUAACUUGAUGCUACAGCCCCCAAACAGCUACGCCGCCCCUCCUAAUUCUUACCGUUAUGGCAGCUCCGGCGGUUCCCCUUACCACAACAUAGGUACUGGUAGCGUAGUGAAUGUGAAUCAAGGAGGUUCAGGAUCAUCGGUGAUUUACUUCAGAUCAGGUGCAGGUGGUAUCCCACAUCAACAACAUGCGGAUAUGAUGCAAAUGCAGCAAAGAAGUGGGGUUGGGAUUGGGAUUGGGAUUGAUCCACCGGCACUACCAGGUCCAGCACCAGGUGUAGUGUUUGAAUCGGUUCCAGUUGUUCAUGGGAAAGCAGCAGCUAAGCGGCUCCGGUUGUUUGGCGUUAACAUGGAUUGCCCUAUCUCAGAUGACGACGAGCAAGACUAUGACCAGCUUCCAGGUGAAUUAAUCUCCCCCACCACCAAUUCCAUUCCCGUGGGACACUAUAAUCAUGGCAAUUACCACCAUGAACACUAUCCCACUCACCAUAAUCCGCCGCCACCAUCUUCUUCUUCUUCUACCAUACCUUACCUGCAAUUGAGGCCUAAUUACGGAGAAGAAACCCAAUUCCAUCAAACCACAAUGGUGUCUUCUUCUUCUUCUGUUGAAGCCUUCAACAAAAACACCAAAUCAUCGUCCUCUCAUAUGUCCUUGGAUUUGGAUAUCUGA